CGCUUUCGUCUUCGUCCUCAACAUCCUCCCGCUCGGGCCACUUGCUCGAGCCUGGCCUCCGCCUCUUCGCUCUCUCCAUGAUCAGCCUAUUCCUCGCCCUCGUCCUCACCUCAUCGUCUCUCGUCGCCCCCGCCCGCUGCACCCCCGUCGACUGGCUCCGUAAGCUCACUGGGCCUCCUCCUGGAAGCGCCCGCGACGACAGCAGCUGGCUCUGGGGCUGGGCUUGGGCCUCGGAUGGCACCGUCUCUGUCGUCGACCGAACGCCUCCCGUCACCUUCCCAGCACGGCCUGCCUCGUUCGGCGCAGAGCUUGCCGACCCGCUCCUGGGGUAUGUAAUCCCCCUUUCGUCUUUCACGUCUCCUUGCCCCCAGGACGGGGGAGACGAGACGAACCGCACCCGUUUUUUCGAGGCCGACCCUGUCCUGGGAUGCCCCGAACUCUGCAUCAGUGGGGAUCACACGCCGGAGGACGCGGACACCUGGAUCGCGCUUGUUCAGCGAGGUGGCUGUCCUUUCGUCGAGAAGGCGAGGCAGGCACAGAAGCUGGGCGCGAAGGCGGUUGUAGUUGGGGGAGACAGAGACAAUCCGGAUGCACUACUGAACAUGUUUAGCGAAAGGGAUUCGUCGGACGUCACCAUCGCCGCUACCUACAUUAAGUAUUGGGAUUACGUCCAGCUUUCAGCUAUGAUCGCAACGUCCAACACUACGCACAACGGCUUGAAGACCCUUUCACUACUCAUCAGCACUGAAUAUUCGGCAUGGGAAUGGUAUUCCCCCGUAAUCACCUUCAUAAUAAUACUUCUACUUCCUUCUCUGCUCACUUUCCUAACGCUUCUCAUCCACCGUGUACGAGCCGCUCGCGCUGCCCAGCGCGAUCGAGCUCCGGAGGACAUCGUCCACAAGUUUCCAUCCCGGGUAUGGACCGGCACUGGCUGGGAGAAACACGAGCCCCUGUACGUUCCCGCAGACGUCAGUAACGCCGAGGGCCCGCCCGACCUCGAACGAGGACCAGAUGCCCCGUCGACUUCGCAUGAACCCUCGACGCCGGCAUGGGCGGACCAGCAGGUGGAGUGCGCGAUCUGCUUGGAGAUGUUUGUCAAGGGGGAUCGCGUGCGCGUCCUUCCCUGCUACCACCUCUUCCAUAUCGACGAGAUUGAUGAGUGGCUGAUCCACAAGAAGAAACUGUGUCCUAUUUGCAAGGCGGAUGUGACGCAGCCGCAUUCAGAGGCUCAGCCCCCUGCGCCCUCUGACUCCGACGACCAUCACGACCGGCCCACGUCUACACGAGCCGCGUCUUCGUCCGCGCAUCCAGACGAGCGGACGCCCCUCCUUCAGCCCCCAUCCGAUCAACGAGCCGGUUCUCCGUCGUCGACAUAACAUACGAUUGUUUGACGAGUUGCGAGCUCCCUUUACGAUCUGUUUAUGACGCAUACCCUGGACUUGGGGCGAUAGGACCUCAUCCGUCUUUACAGUACGUUCUCGCCCACUGGGUCCUUACUGUAGGUGUACUUGCUUUGCUUUGGGGGGAACAGUAUGACGAGUGCAAUCUGUGUAAUGUAUAGGUGUACUAUAUCACAUCUCAAUGCAUUAACUA